GUAUACUGGACUGGAUACGAGUACCUGAAAAGGAAGGCGUUGCUGACAUUGGAUCGUAAGGAAACAAAUUUUCUCAUCAGUUUUGCUUGUGGUGCGCUAUCGGGUUCAUUGGCUGCAUUUUUGACGACUCCGUUCGACGUUGUGAAAACUCAUCGUCAGGUCACACUGGGCGAGGUGCCAAAUGGAUCGCCAACGACAUCUAAUCAGUCUCUAAGAAGGUACGAAAUGGCAGAGAAUCAGUGUUGCAAGACAUGUGCUCCAAAAAGUGGUGGUCCUCAGAUCAAAUCGAAAUUCACUUUUGCUCUUAUGAAAGAAAUCCGUGAGAAAAAAGGAAACAGGGCUUUAUUUGCGGGUAUUAUUUGUCGUUGUUUACGUAAUUUGGCGGAUCAUGUGUCACUUCGAUUUAACAUCAAAUGUCGGAAAACUGGUUAUAAGAGCAUUGCGGCAAAAAGACUCACAGGUUUAACGGCACGUGUGAUCAAAGUUUCGCUGGCUUGUGCUACAAUGAUAGGUUCUUACGAAUAUUUUAAGAUAUCUUUUGCAAAAAUGAACAACAUUCAUGCUGAUUUAGAAGCAUCUAAGCGUCAACAACGGUGA